AUGGGGAGAGCUCCUUGUUGUGACAAGGCAAAUGUGAAGAAAGGACCAUGGUCACCUGAAGAAGAUGCAAAGCUAAAAGAGUACAUAGAAAAAUAUGGGACUGGAGGAAAUUGGAUUGCUCUUCCACAGAAAGCUGGUCUUAGGAGAUGUGGGAAGAGUUGCAGAUUAAGAUGGCUUAACUAUCUGCGCCCCAACAUCAAACAUGGAGAAUUUUCUGAUGAAGAAGACAGGAUCAUCUGCAACCUCUUUACUAACAUUGGAAGCAGGUGGUCCAUAAUAGCAGCUCAGUUACCAGGCAGGACUGACAAUGAUAUCAAGAACUACUGGAACACCAAGCUCAAGAAGAAACUCAUGGGAUUAAAUAUUCUUCCAUCCCACAUAAAAUCCCACUCAGGCACCUUCUCAUCUCUUCUUCAUCUUCAAGCUUCAUUAUCAUCAUCUUCACCAUCAUCAUACAGAGGCAGCAACAACAGCACUGCUUAUUAUGCACAAACCAGGUCUUUCUCUAGUGCUUUGGAGCCCAUUUCAUUUUCACCAAGUCUUCUGAGCAGAAGUUCAACUAAUGCUGCUUCUGCUCUUCAUCAAGUGCACCAAGAGAGGUUUGUGGGUAGAGCCAUGCAGCAUAAUUACCAAGUCAAAGAUAACAUCUUGAUGUUUGGGGGUGAAGCAAGUUGCAGCUCUUCUGAUGGGAGUUGCAGCAACCAGAUCAGCCAGUGCAGAGACAGAGAGUAUGAAUAUAAUUACAAUUUCUUCAAUGGUGGGGAAGGACACCAGAAAAUCAUGCUACCAGAUGGGCUUAAUGGGUGGAGAUCAGAGAAGCAGAAUGGCAAUGGGAUUUGGGAAGAUCAAGCCCCAUUAGAUUAUGGCCUUGAAGAAAUUAAGCAGUUAAUUAGCAGUACCAGUAGUUGCAACAACUUUUUGUUUGAUGAAAACAAGACAGAGGAAAAGGCCAUGAUGUACUACUGA